AUGCCUCCUUCCACCAGGCCAUUUACUGCCACACCCUCUCUCUUAUUUAUCCUCGGUGGCCAUCCACCAAAGCCACCAUGGGCGUUGAUGCCCAUAUCGGGAUCAAGAGUUGAUCGGCCCGCCGAGACUACCUCUUGUCUUCCUACUACCACCAUCACCCUUCUCUGGAUGCGUACCUAUGAUGCACCCCACCUGACCGAAGACCGCUCCCUCUUGUUCAAUGCUCAUGCAGGAGGUUUUUUCGUCAUUUUGAGGCAGAUUUUGUCCCGAGACGACGUAUCGGCUUCCCGUGAGCAAGACCACGUCCUGUGUGAAGAGGAGGUAAUAAUGGACGAAGCGACAGCAUGGGGAGGAUUGAGGGAGGUGACGGGGGAUGCCUCGGGGAUGCCCGACGACGAUUCUUUGAUCCACGCGGCUCCCUCCAUCAAACAACAAGUUUGA